GAUGGCCGCCUGAGUGGAGGAAUCACUAGUCUCCAGCACAACUAUCAAAACAGUGGUCGUUACACCAGGCAACUUCAGCUGUCCGCUCGGAGGAUGAGACGUCGACACCGGCCACGUUUGUUCCCAUAUUGAAACGGAAGACGAGCACGAGCGUUGUAAAGGCCAUGGAGUAAGACGCCGCUGGGAGUUGAAAGGGAGUAAGGGCCCUUUGUUUUGGCGCAGCAUGGACAGUUUCUUCAAGGCAGCUGUAUGCGAUCUAGACAAGCUGCUUGAUGACUUUGAGCUCAAUACUGAGGAACUUGACUGCAAAUCCGUUUUCCUGAAGCCCUCUGCAUACCCCUUCUCCUCAUUGGGCUCUCAGUGUUUAUCCUUGGAGGCACCCACUGUCUCACCAAGCCUCCCUGACCUUAACUCUCUUCAUUAUGGUUCUGCCACCAGCUGUCCUGACCGCCCCAGCAGUCACAACUGCAGCACAGACGACAGAGAGGUCAAAGGUCAGCCUCUAACUGGAGUGGACCUUCUCUCCUCUGUGGAUCGUAGGCCAGCUAUAAGCUCUGCCCCUCCCUGCCCCGAUCGAGCUCUGAAGCCAGUUUGUGACCUUGUGAAUGACACAAGCUCGGCCAUACUGAUAAGGGCCAGCAGUCAUGAUGCUUUCAGUGAACUGGACUUGGUGGAGAAGCAAAUGGAAGAGGAGGAAACACUGCUUGUUGACUUUGACAGUCCUGUGGUUGUGGAUCAGCAGGAGGGGGGGGUAAGUCAGAGUGUAUGCUGUGGGGUAACCAUGGAAGAGCGAGCCUCUGUAGGUAAAGACGAGCUGCUCAGUCUCAAUUUCCAUGAGCAGAGCGGUGCAUGCUCUGCCUCACUCAGUCUGCUGGACGUCAUUCUUCCUGCAGCAGUGGAGAGGUGCUGUGAGUCUACAGAUGAUUCACCAUCAUCAAGGACCAUUGAGUCAGCUGACAGAGAGGACAGUGAGUGUGAGGAUGAGGCUUCUAUAAACCAAGUGGUGGAUAACUUUUCGGACCACUGUGAACCGGAGGACUCCCUGCCUGCUUUUGAAGCCUCAGAUAAAGGUGAGGCAAGUCUAAAAUCUGGAGCAUCAGACAGUGAACCAGUAGGCUUAUCGUGCCUGCCCAUAGCUGUGUCCAUAUGUGGAGCUCUGGUGCAACCAAACACCACAGAAGAGUCAGGACAAGCAACAGAGCAGUGUGACGAGGCUGAUGUGUGUGAGAGCACAGAGGCAGACUCGCUGUCAGCACUACAGGCGGAGGAGGAUAGGCCCUGUUCAAAGGAACCUGUUUAUCGAUCCCAGCUGAUCACAGAGGGCAGGCUGUCACCAGAGGGGCAGCAUGUCCCUCUUGAACCUGCUGCUGUUCCGCUUCAUGCAGACCAUACCAGCUCUGAUCGCUCAGAACCCAGUCCAGUGGAUCCUGCUGAGUUUGGUUUUGAGUAUCUUCCUGAGAGUGACCAGGCUGAGCUGUUGGUUACUGACGAAGAGUUGGAUGCAUUCCUGCAGGCACAUACGGAAGCAGAGCAGGCCCGCAGUGUCUCUUAUUGCAGCAGUUCUGGAGAUUGUAAGCAGCCUGAAAGUCUGUCGCAACCAAAUGGAGCUCUAGACGGUAGGCUUCUCGAAGAGGAACUGAGAAGCUGUGGUCGAGCUCGACAGGACGAGCUAGAGGGUCUAGCUUCCCCAGAAAGUGACAGAAUAAUGUGUGUGUCUGUGGAGGGAAGUCUUAACCCUGGUUCUCCAUCACAAUCACAGGACUCUUGCAGACCUUGUCAAGAAGAGCCAGAACUUUCCUCUGGUACGAGGAAUUCUUUGACCAGCAACGCUUUCCAGUCACAGCACAGUAGUAGCCCAGAUCAGCAGUCCUCCUAUGGAGGUGCAAGACCUAAACAGCUACACUGCCAAACUGUAAGACCUCCACCAGCAGGGGAAGAAGAAGAAGAAGAAGAAGAAGGGAAGCAGCCUUCAACGUUUUCAAAAUGGCCAAAUGCAGUUGAGGAUGAAGAGAGUUCACCCAUAAGCCCUAACCCUACAGAAGAGCAUUCCAACAUUAGUGCUUUAAGUCCUAUAUAUGCCACUCAGGAGCAUCAGGAUUACAGUCUGGGGUAUGAUGAAAUGUCAGAGCCUCCACCUUACCCAGGGGAGCCACCCACAGAUGGUCCCAGGGCAGCGAACUGGAAGAGAGAGGAACUGGAUGAGCUGGGGUGCAGGCAGCCUCCUUGGGUGCCAGACUCCGAAGCCCCCAACUGUAUGAACUGCUACCAGAGGUUCACGUUUACCAAGAGGAGACAUCACUGUCGAGCAUGUGGGAAGGUAUACUGUGCUGUGUGCUGCAACAGGAAGUGUAAACUGAAGUACCUGGAGAAAGAGGCACGUGUGUGCGUCAUCUGCUUUGAUAACAUACACAAAGCCCAGGCCCUGGAGCGGAUGAUGAGUCCUACAGGUCCCAGUCCAAACCCCAACGUCCCAUCUGAGUACUGCAGCACCAUCCCCCCUUUGCAGCAGGCUCGUGCUGCCGGCACUUUAAACUCACCUCCACCCACUGUCAUGGUGCCUGUGUCCGUUCUCAAACAACCCAACAACGACAGUUGUCCUCGUGAGCAGAAGCGUGUGUGGUUUGCUGAUGGUAUUUUACCCAACGGAGAGGUGGCCGACACAGCCAAGCUGUCGGUGACGAGCCGCAGGAGCUCCCAGGAGUUUGCUGGUGUCACCCCAGACCAGACGGCACCUGGGUCUGCAGGGUCAGAGGUGGAAGUCAGUGGCUCCUCCUCCCCGGAGGCUUCUGGAGCUGUAGAGGUGGUUAGACCUCCGCUGUCAGGACCCUGGGAUUAUGCCCUGCUUUCUGCAAUUGGUUCCUCAGUUCAGAGAGUCCCCAGUUUGCUGCCAGACAAUGAGGAUGAGCUCCCUCCUCUGCUCUUCACCACCGGCGAGGAUGAUGGAGGAGAUGUUCUGGUUGAGGAAAAUCCCGCCCCCUGCCAGAUUCUGCACUUAUUGGAGGAAGGUGGACCCCGACCUCUGACAUUUGUCCUGAACGCCAAUCUGCUGGUCAAUGUGAAACUGGUUACAUAUUCCAGUUGUCAGUGCUGGUGUUUCGGUUCUAAUGGGCUGCAGUCUCUGGGACAGAAAGAGUUGGUGUUUUUGCUGGAGUGUUUGCCAGAGGAAAAAGCUCUUCCAAAGGACCUCUUCACACUCUAUCUCACUAUUUACCAAGAUGCCCAAAAAGGGAAGUUUUUGGAGGAGCUUGAUAAUGUGACGUUCACAAGCAGUUUCCUGGGCAGUAAAGAUCACGCCGGGAUGGUCUUCUUCUCUCCCUCGUGUCAGCCUCUGGAUGGCCUCACUCUCCCCUCUAAGCCUUUCCUGUUUGGUCUGCUCAUCCAGAAAUUGGAGGUGCCCUGGGCCAAAGUCUUUCCACUCAGGCUUCUCCUGCGGCUUGGAGCUAAAUACAGUGUGUAUCCCACGACAUUGACCAGUGUUCGUUUUCGGGAAUCUGUGUAUCGAGAGACGGGACACACCAUUAUGAAUUUACUGGCUGACCUGAGAAACUACCAGUACAGUCUGUCAGUCGUGGAAGGCCUGAGGAUCCACAUGGAGAUGGGCCACAGUUACAUCAAUAUUCCCAAAUGUAGCUUCAAUGAGAUGCAGAAGGUGGUAAAUGCGUCUAAUGAGCACGUCAUCAGCAUUGGAGCAAGUUUCAGCUCAGAGGCCGACUCUCACCUGGUGUGUAUCCAGAACGAGGAGGGGAACUAUCAGACCCAGGCUAACAGCAUGCCAGGGAAGACCCGCACAGUGACUGGCGCCAGCUUUGUGGUUUUCAAUGGAGCGCUGAAAGCCUCAUCAGGCUUCAUCGCAAAGUCCAGCAUUGUUGAAGAUGGGUUGAUGGUUCAAAUCCCUCCAGAGACUAUGGAGUCUCUGCGCUCUGCCCUGAGGGAGCAGACAGACUUUCAGAUACCCUGUGGCAGGAAUGACGGAGGGGAGGUCCGAGAGAACGUCACAGUCCGCUGGGUUGACUGGAGUUCACCUGUUAACACAGGUAAAACUAGUGGUGUUGAUGAGAGACCUCUGGGUGGAGUCCGCAGUGUGAGGAUGCAGCAGGACACAGAGUUCGAGUCAGACGGUCGCACCAUCAGAUGCACUGAGGUGUUCUACCAGCUGAAGACUCCUGACUGCAGCCUUUCGUCAGUGCUGUCGUCCUGCAGCGUGUUUCAGAAGGAGAUGGCAUUGGCCGCCUGCAGCGCUCUGACUCCUCACCUUGCUGUUCUCACCUCCAGUGGCAUCAACGCCAUCUCUCUCCGCAUCUCCACGCAGGCCGAUAUGGUGGAGUACCAGGCUGGCUCUGGAGGCAGGCUCCUCCCUCAGUGCUACAUGAACGAGCUGGACAGCGUUCUGAUCCCUGUCAUCCAUGGAGGUAGCGCUAGUGUGCCACAGACUGCCAUGGACAUGGAGUUCAUCUUCUACAUCACACACACAAUCUAAUGCACAUGCAGACAGUGUCCCACACAAAGUAUCAAAUAAAUCCACUUAACAGAAGGUGGUUGAGUACAGAAAGAGAAGCUGCUGACUGUGGCACAACGUGCUAAUGCAACAGCUACCUGCGACUUGCAGCCAAUCACAGAGGACAUGAAGCUGCUGGCACAACAUUCCCGCUCUUAGGUUGGGCAUGUGUUUUUUUGAGGGAUGUAAACUGAUUUGAUAUUGGUCCUCUGUUAUGAAAGUGGUGUGUGUUUGUGAAUGUCGUGCUCACCGAAGCUGCUUUAAUUCAAGAAGCCAAACACUAAACUAGAGAUGAGACAAAACGACCAAAUACAACCAACCUAUUCAAACCGCUUUCCUCAGAUCUGCCUUUCAGGCUCCACGCUGGUUUCCUUCAGCUCGGAGCACCUCAGUGAAUGUUUCCCACAGACACUCUUAUCGAAAUGUCUUUUAUUUUAUUUUAAUAUGGGCAUAUUGAAUGAAAUGGUGAUAUUAAAGUGAGGGAUAUUACUGACUGCAGUAUUCACUACUCCAUGUGAUCAGGUGCUACUCUAUAGCCACUUCACAUUUGUAGCUGUAGCCGUUCCAAAAGAAAAAAAAGUGCUGCACAGGGAUGAAAAGAAAUGUAACCUCUAAUGUCCUCUAAAACUCCUCUGCUGUCAUUUCAUAUGCUGGUUAAUAAUGAUAUUGCACAGAGCUUUUUAUGUUCUUUUCCAAACUUCUAACUUUUUACUGUGAGGUGUUGCCAUCAGUCUACACACACGAUCAAUCCCUCCUGUUCACGAGGUGGGGCCCCUUCCUAAUGUUAUUGCAAUAUGCUGCAUGAAAACAAUGCAGGAGGACAUGUUGGUGUGGACGUGUCCUUUGACGUGCCGGCUCAACAUGAUCUCCAAGUUGAACUUUUUUGCUGAAUGACCCUGUUUCUUUAUUCCUUUUUGGGCAGCGUUGUGGGCGAGUUUCUCUCACAAACAUAUCACCCAAAAGUAAAAUAGAGCUAUUUCAGGGUUGAAAGUUGUGCGGUCAGAUAUGAGAUAAACAAACCCACGGCUGCAUUAGCAGCAACACUAAGAAAAUGUAUUGAUACAGGCAUGAAGUUUAUUUUAGUUGAUGUCAGUAACUUGCGUAGACUCCAAAUUCAUUCGUAUUAAGGCGUCUCAACACAAACUGUAUUUCAAUUUAAUUUGUGUUAUGCCAAAUCCUAACAUAUACUAUCUCGAGGCACUUUAUUGCAAAGUAUGGUCUAAGACCUUUAGAAACCCAACAGUUCCCACAAUGAGCAAGGGCUUUGGAGACUGUGGAGAGAAAAAAUGCCCUUAAUUGACUGGAAGAAACCUCCAUGGGCGGCCAUCUGCCACGACUGGUCAGGGCGAGCAGAAAAAUGGGGCAGAGAGGAGAGGUGGGUGAAAGAGAGGAGAGAGAGAGACAGGGGAGAGGGAGAUAAGGGGGAGAGAGGAGACAGAGACCAGUUGUGUAAAUAUCAUGUUUCAGCGCUGACAGACUAGUGGUUAUAAUGAAGACAUUAAGAUUAACAUUAUAUGUAAACAUUUAAAGAUGUUAUUAAUGACGGCAACAAUUCAUAUAACAAUUAUAAUAGUUGUAUGAGUGAGAGAUACCUGCAAAGAGAGAGAGAGAGAUGGGAGCUAACAAAUUCAAAGUUAGUCACAUGCAUUAAUAUGCAUGGGAGGUUUAGUGAAGAGCAUUGUAUUGUUUUUGUAUUUUAAAUUAAUUCAGUAUAUCUCCUGAGCAGCUCUGAGCCCUUAGAUCCAUUAGAACAGGAGAAGGUUUUUCAGUUACCGGGUGUUGCCAUAGUUGUGAUUAGGUUUUGAAGUGGGUCCUCCUUUCUUCGCCAAUUUCUCGUCUCUCCCUCAAAAUGUAGAGCUUGCACAGAACUGCCAAUUUCCUCAUACAAGUGCUGUGGUUACAGGAGGGUCAUGUGGUUAAUGAAUACUCUUUAAAAAUUCAGAAGAUAAGAGCGCAGAGAACGUCACAUCUCUGUUAAAACAUACACAGCCAGAUUAGUUUGAAGAAGCUUUGUCCCCUUGCCCCAGGUGAGGGUCUCCGUUUUCACAUGUCUCACUUCUCAGUCAGCUCUGUCCCAACACGUGUAUAAGAUAUAUUGUAUGCAUAGAGAUUGUAUCUUUUUUUUUUAUAUAUAUCAAAGACUUAUUUUUGGAAUCAUUGGUAUAAAAGUAAAAAAAAAAGACUAGAAUAUUUUUGAUAGGAUGUAGGCCAAAUUAAUUUUGCAGUUUGUGUAGCAAUGAGAGAAAAAAGACGCCCUGGAAUAUUAAACAAAUCAUAUAUAGUGUUUUGGCUUAAGGUGGAAAAUAUAAAUUUCCAUAAUGCAAUGCAGGUAGCUUGAGUUUGAGACAAAUGUGGAAGUAAAGAUGAAACAAAAGUGGCUUUGAUCUGUUCUACAACUCUUUUAUUUUUUACAAUAUGUAGCCAGCACAUACAUGCUUAUUAAAACAUGAUUCAGCAUAUUCGUUUCGUGACACAAGUGAAUGUGACAUGUAUCCCAGGAGGAGUUGUCGGUCUGAUUCGUAAACCUCCACGUUAAGUUAAAAGAUGACAGGUAGUUCAGUACAUCUGGUCAACAGGGACAUCCGUCAUGUAGUCGUCCUCCGUUAUCAGUAUGUUUGGACAGAGCAGGAUAAAGUUCAACGCAAGUUCAACGAUUUUUUUCCUUUUUAAAUCAUCAGGAAAUUUAAGAGUGUGACAUACAUGUUCGAAUUUCUCCUCCACGUGGCAGCGGUGUGGAAUUCUGGGAAAGUCAACCGGUUUCACUUUCUGUGCAAAUGAGCUGAAAACUGAGCAGAUGGUUUGUGGACAGCGGAUUGAUCUCGAAAAAGUACAAACUACUUUGUUUUCAUCAGUUGAACUUUGGAGUUGUGGAAACAGGAUGAUUUAUCUUUAGAAAAUCCUUCCCGAGGUUUGAUUUUUUUUUUUUUUCCUAUUCUGGAUCAGGGCAGUAAUAUUUGUGAAGGUUAAUGAUUAUUAUUCUUUCUCUGAAAAUUAAAAACAACUCUACACUUUGUGAAAAUAAGAAAUACUUUUAUGCAUCAUGAUUGUUUCUAAAGUGUUAUGUGUAAAUCAUCUAUUUAUUCAUAAGCACCAGCUUUAUUUUUGGUGAACCUGGUAUCUGGGUUCUAAUCAGUUUCUGAAGAGCUUGUGUAUUUAAAGAAUAAACUAAGUUUUAUCAAAAAUGU